GCCCGUGGAGGGGAGUAAACUAUGAUGAAUUGCUCUGGGCUCUGUUCCUAGCUAGGCUCGGCCCAGUAGGAACAAAGUUCACAAUCCUGAGCCUCCCUAAGGAAAGCUUCUUUUUCCCCACAGCCUUCCGAGCUGGGGGCUCCUGAGAAUUAGGAGAAACCCCUUCAGAGCAGAGCAGGAGCGAAAGGGAACCCUGAGGGUCCCUUUCCUAAGUAGCAGCUGGGUUGGGCCUCUGUGGAUGGGAGGUUAUUCCCCAUCCCCUCGGAGAAAAGAGCCCAAAGAGCCCGUAUUGAUUUCUAAACUUAGUUUGGGCAAUCGAGGCUGUCUCACCCCACAACACACACGUGCACACACUCUCUCCUCCACUCUUCUUCCCAGCCCUUUUAAACCCCAAAUGUAUGUGGCAAAUCUGCUGCCAGGCAAUAAAAUAGUCAAGUUCUCGGUCCUCUCCUGGAGAAGAAACUGACCGGUCAGAGGCGAGUUUGGCACUAUCGGGAAACCAAGAUCAGAGCUGUUCUGAGGCUGAAGGUGGGUGCAACAGGGGACCCCGAAUCAGCCCCAAUUUGGAAUCUGGGGCCUGAGGAUGGGCUGAACACUUUGCCUUCUCGCCAGUGUCGCAGAAGCCAAGAGAUCUCUGGAAAGCUUAUGUGAGGCCGAGAAGAAUUCUGCUUCAGCUAGGAGGCCUGAAGAGGAAGCUCCUCUAGAAGCACCAAUUGUUCUCUCGAUUUUUCCCGGAUUCCAAGCUCAAAGGCAUCCGCCCAGCCGACCUUUCCCCCUAAGAAGCCUGGGGGUGGUGGCGACAGUGACCUGAAGCAGCAGGAGAGAAAGGCCCAAGUCUGGGGCCCAAGGACAAUGAGGCUGCGCUUCUUUGAGACCACAGGCUGGAUGGCAAGAUGGAGAGCUUGGGGUGGAGGGCCUUUGGAAGAGGAGGAGGAAAGAGGGCCGACUCACAUGAAGCCAGGAGGGGACAGCUCUUCUGGGGAGCCUGAGGUGGCAGCGGUGGCCGAGGCUGGAAGUCCCCUGCUCAGCUUCUCCACCCAACAGCUCACCGAGCUGAAGGAGUUUCACCUGCAGCAUUACCUGCCCCAGGCUCAAGGGCAGAGAUCCACACUUCAGCUUAUCGAGUCUCAGGUGAAGAUCUGGUUCCAGGAUGAAGCAAAAGAAGAGGGAGAAGGAGGGCCUGGGUGGGGGCCAGGUUUCCUCCCAGGCUCCGACCUCCCUAAGCAGCCAGCUCUGAUACAUUUCAUGGACUUUCGUGAAAAUGGACAGACGUGGGGCAGCAAAGGAUACAGCGCGAGGCCUGGAGACGAGAGAUCUUGGCUUCCAAUGUAGCCUCAGAUACUCCUAGUCGUGUGAGUCUGGGCAAGUCACUUAACCCCAAUUGCCUGGCCCUUGUCUCUCUUCUGCCCUGGAACUGAUAUUCAGUAAUGAUUCUAAGACAGAAGGGAAGGGCUUUUUUACAAAAGAUACAGAAGUCAAUUCAGUAUGUGGAGAAUCAUUCCCAGGGAAAUCUAUGUAGUAGGGGAGGUAGUUAAACAUAGACAUCCCAGCCUCCAUGCUGGUUCUCCUCUGUCUGUCAGACUACCUUCCCUGUUCCUAUUUGGAACCUGCUAGAACAUUCCCUGCAGAGGAGGGCCCAACCUCCAAAUGAAGGCAAUGCUACUUGUUUGAGACCUAGAUGCAGUGAUGGUUGUGGCCACACACCCCCAGACCCAUUCUGCCCCCAUUGGUGCUAUCAAUAGAACAGAAUAGUGAUUUCCCAGCUCCAAAAGACUGACUGGGAAUGAAUUCAAAUUCUUCCUUAGGAAAAGGACCAAAACUUGCUCAUUGAUCUGGUCUGGUGACUUCUUUCCUCAUUGGUAUUAAACUGGUGGUUCACAUUUGGGUCAGCCCCCAGGACCCCCUCCAUGAGGGAUGCUCCAGAAAGAUUUCUUACCCUCCUCUCUUAGAGCCAGAUGGGUAGAGAUUUGAGAGUUGGGGACUAGGGAUUUGGAAAGUGUAGCAAUCAUUCCUCUACCUCAGUUUUCUGUGAAGGUUUGGGGGAGGAGGAGGGAGGACCAAAUGUGAUGUGGAAUAAAAAAAUAAAAUGAAGGAAUUCCUGA